AUGUAUAGCUACUGUGUGACCGCUGCUCCAAGCGGUGCUACGAUAAACGCCAUAAAAUGCAAACUCGUCAAAAAUUCGGAGACGGAAUACUUGGUUUGCUUAAAGAGGCACUCAAUUGACGUCUAUUCUAUAAAAUCUACUGUGAGUUCGAGUGAAACCACAAAUGUGUCGGACUCUAGGCCAGUUUUAACGGCAACGCUAAAGGCAAAUAGUACAUUUGUAGCAUUCUUGGAAUACAGACCUCCAAACUCAAACCAGUCGUGCAUACUGGUUCUUACCAGCAAUUAUAUCUUGAAAUUGCUAGCGUAUGACGAUGAAAACGCCAAGUUUGUCUCUAAAACGGUCGCCUCUUUACAGGAGCCGGCUUGUAACAAGAUACAAAGUAGUGUUUUACUAAAGGUUGAUAGAGGUUACAAUGUAAUCAUUUUUUACGGAUUAAGAAGGAUAAUAAAGUGUAUAGUCCUCAACAAGGCUGAUUAUUUUGAUUUUUCCGAUGUAAUAACAUUGAGAACUAAUGACAGUAUAUUGCUGGAUAUAGAAUUUAUUGAUACCGAUUUCAAACCACAGCCUCAAUCUUUGUCUGAUGAGUAUAUGGAUCAUGCUAAAUCUUCCAGUCAACAACAACAGGUGGGAACACCUGAUAGCAAAAGACGUGGAAAUACACCAAAAAAGAUGUUUUUAGAAUGUAAAAUUAUUGUACUGGGACAAAAUAGAAACACUGAUUCCGUUCGACCCGCGCGUUGGUUAUAUGGCAUGCAACUAUUUUUUGAGAUUGAAGAAACUGUAAAUUAUCGGAUUUUUAAUUCAUAUGGUCAUGUGCCUAUGUUUGGGGAACCAAUGUAUUUGGAGAAUCCAUAUAACAAGUUUUUGCCACUUCAUUUAAAUGAAACGGCGAAAUCUACUGACUCUGUUCUGCUUCUUGGCGCUGGUUCAGUUGGAUUUUUUGCCUUUAACGAUCCAAAGUCCAUCAAGGAUUUUGUCUCUGACUUUUCUAUGAGUGAAAUAACCGGAUAUUGUCAGAUUGAACAUAGUAAAUUCGUUUUAAGUGACGAUAACGGGAAUAUACAUCUUAUGGAGCUGGUUUUGUCAAGUAAACCCGCAAACACGGGAUUAAAACGCAGAAUACGACCAAUAAAUAGCAACAACAACUGUGAUAUGCAUGCUCACAGAGGAAGGACUAUUGCCACAAUAUCAGACGUUAUUAUAACUCGCCUUUAUAACUGCGAUAUUCCAUCAUCCAUUAUAAAUAUAGGUAACAACACUAUAUUCUCUACCAGUAAAGUUGGGAAUACCUGCACAUUUAGGAUAGAUUUUGGUAAUAAACCAUCAAUUUGUUCGGAUUCCUUCAAAAUUGAGGAAUUUAAUGUUUAUAAAACGUGGAACCAAACAAACUUGGGACCAAUAGCAGAUUUCACAUAUGGAGAGGAAAAUAGUCAUGGAAACAAAUCUGUUUUGGCUUGCUGUGGCAUGGGAUCUGCAGGUAAAUUUUGUAGUAUAACUCUUGGUGUAGGUAUAGAUACAAUUUGUUCCAAUACUAUUUUAGGUAUAUCUAAUUUGUUUUCAGUCUCAUCUGGUGGUUCUAAAACUGACUCUAAUGAAUCUAUUUUAUGUUGCUCAUUCUAUAGGAAUACCCAAUUUUAUUCAGUGAAUUUUGUCUCCAUGAACAAUACACAAGGAAAUAUCAAUUCUAGUCUGCUGGAUAUCAAUGAACCAAACGUUGGAUAUGUUAAUAAAAUGGUGAUGGAUGGAUCUACAUUUAGAGAAGAUGAACGUACUAUUUUACUUUCCAAUAUUGACAAGGAUAAAAUAGUUCAAAUUACCACAUCAUCCAUAAUAAUUUUAUCAUCAAACCCAAAGUUGAACAGAAUCGCAUACAAGACUGUUGAGGAAAUAAUGACCGAAAUAGAUGAAGGAUCCGAAGAAAGAAACAGGAUAGUUCAUGCAUGCCUAUGUGGGUCCUAUAUUUUUAUUAUUCUUUCCAAUCAUUGGGCUGCCAUAUUAGAUGGAAAAAAGCUGGAAAUGGUAAAUGUUGAACCACUUUCCAUUAACAUUUCAUCCGUGGCUUACAUAUCACACGUGAAAAAUUCUGCAGAGUUUUUAGCAUUAUCUACAUGGGAAAAGUCAUCAAUUCUCAUUUUAUCCUUCCCUAACUUGGAUAUUGUUCGCAGGAUUAAAAUAGAAUGUACCUUUGGUAUAUACAUAAAAUCUAUGAAGUUUGGUGCAACCAACAACAAUUUAUUUUUUUUCGUUAGCCUCUCAGAUGGACAACUAAUGGUAUAUAAAGUUCAAAUGUCCAGAAAUAUAACUAAUGCAGUAUCAAAAGGGAAAUCAGAUGUAUUCAAAAAUGACGUUGAAAUAGAUUUUAUUUUGGAUAGCACUAUGCAUCUUAGUAACACUUGUACGAAGCUUGAAUUUUUAAAUCUAUCAAAUAACUACAUCCAUGAACAAACAUGUAAUCUAGAUUGCAAUAAUAUUAUUGCUAUUGGAAAGCAGUCUACCGCAAUCUUUUCCAAGAGGGAUAAAGUUGAAUUUGCAAAAGUCAACAUAUCGCAUGUGUCUUGUUUGUGUACUAUUCCAACACAAAGGACCUCUUCAGAAUUUAAUUCUGUUUUAAUCGCUUAUUAUAGCUAUCCAAGUUUGGUAAUUGGCAAAUUAGACCCAAUUGAACAAUUUCAUGUUCAAAAUAUAAUUUCAGGAAGGACUUUUGAUAAGGUAUGCUACCAUGUGCCAUCCAAAGUUGCAGUUGUUGGUUGUCCACCGGAACUUUCAGCAACAACUUCUGAUUCAGUUCCGGGUCUGAAUGAUAUAGAUGAUAACAAUCCUCCCUUUAUGUGCCUAGAUGGUUCUGAAAGUGAAAAGGUCAAUUCAUUAAAACUUCCAGCCCUUGCACUCUUCAUAAAUGUAUCAUCUAAAGAGGUAAUUUAUAAUUUGAAUCUUCCUAGAGAACAUUUGGUAUCGAGUUUGCAUACAAUGUCAUUCGACGGCACAAAUGAGGUAAUAUUAAUAGGCACUUCUAAAGUUGAUGAAUCUCAUGAUGCACCCACAGAAGGAUUUCUUUAUAUUGUUGAUAUAUCCAGCCAUAGUGAGGAUAGAUUGGUGAUGACUAUACAGCGAACGACAAAGCCAUUCGCGGGUGGUGUUGUAGAAAUUACGUCAUGUGGACAGAAUCCUGUAAUAGCUGUAAAUAAUGUAGUUUUGGCCCUAAGUUUGUGUUCUAAUAUAGGCGUACGUAAUGAGAAGGAUCGAUAUGACUUGGAAUACUUGUAUGCCUGUGAUGAUAUAAUUGACUCUAGACAAUGUUUGGUUGUCGAAGCAAAGUACACUUCUAACACAUAUGUUGUCUCUUUAGAUUCUUGCGAAAAUAAUAUAAUAGUUGGAGAUUUGAUGACUUCAGCUAAACUUUUGAGAUUCAAGGACAAUUGUUUUUAUGAACUCUGCAGAGAUUUCAACUCAAUCUGGUGUACGGCUGUUGCAUCUAUAGAUAAAAAUACCUCAAUAGUAUCAGAUGACUCUGGGAAUUUUUCGAUAUUUUCAAAGAAUGAAACUCCAACCAACGAUGCACAAUCUGCAAAGUUUCAGGUGAUGGGUUUAUUUCACCAUGGGGAAAUAAUCAAUAAAAUUGUUGAACAUGUGAGUAAGGAGUGUAAAUAUGAAAGGAAAAAGUCUCUUAUAAAGCUUGGAGGGGUCGCUUCCAGCUGUAAAAGGAACUUUUGCUGCCUUUCUACGGCUGAUACAUGUCCAAUGGAUCCAACUAAUGGAUCAAAAAGUACGAAUAUUCACAAAGAUGCAGCUCCGACAAGAUAUAGAUUUGAUAAAACUUAUCUAUGUGCAACAAGCUCCGGUAGCAUUUUGAAAAUGUCAACUUUCAAGGACAUGGACGCAUUCUUAAGACUCGCUUUGCUGGAAGAGGCAAUAAUUGGAAUCCAAUCAGAUGCUGGCAACAUUCCAAACAGCAAGUGGAGAAACUUUCAAAACUCACACACCAACAUACAAACUAGGGGAUUCAUAGAUGGCGACACAGUCGAAAGCUUUCUGCAUCUUCCCAUGGACCUGAAAAGAAGAGUGCUUGAAAAACUGCAAGAAUCAUCCAAAGACAUUCAAGGAGACUUUGACUCGAUAGAAACUCUGACACUUGAAAUAGAACAAAUACAACGAGUUAGAUGA